AUGUCUCUUGCUCCAAACUCCCUCUAUAUCGCCCUCUACAUCCGCACCGACCCACCAAUCCCGGACAACUUCCAUUGGGCCCUUUACCUUCAUCAUCACGAUACAGGAACAAAAUAUCAUAUCACAAAUGAAAGUACCGGUUGGAUCGCCGCGCAUGCUCCGGAAUCCGCCAUCUUGAAGUCCUUUCUCUUGGUCGGCCUUAUCCGUAUCGCAGAUUUACCUUCUUCUCAGAGAGUCUUGAGCGAAGCAGACCAGUUGAUACGCAGCUACGAUGAUCAGGUCAAUGAGAUGGGGGUUACGUGUCGGACUUGGUUGUUGAAAGUACUAGAGCUGCUGAAAAAGAGGGACUUGCUUUGUGAGGGGAAGCACUUGGAUUUGGGGGCUCUGGAGAGGGAGGUGAUGGAUUGGGGGAAUGAGGAGGCGGGGGAUGCUGUAAGGAAUGUGCAGCCUAGACCUGUCGGGGUGUCGAAGGUCUGUGGGUGA